AUGGGCCAAUCCCCCGUCCAAAAUCGGCAGUCUUGGACACCACAUCUCCGCCCAGAACAUCGCACCUUUUCCGCACCUACCACACCUCAAGUGCCGGUAAAUCCGACAUACACCGGUGCCAGCCCCCGGCCCUCUCAUCCUGCAGCUGGUUCUGUAUUCAAUUCCUCUAACCCUUCAUCCCGUUCAAAUGUUUCCAAGGACGACAGCGCACUUCCCUCACGACAACCCAGGAGUGACCAACCGAUCCGUCCCCUGUCUACGGCCAACGUCCCCUCCCCACCCAUCAUGAAUAUUUCCUCCCCGAAACCCUCCCCGAAUCGGUAUCGUCGUACCCCACAACGAGCAGAAGCCGCACCACCAUCCCCCGUGACUCCCUCUUCAAUUCCGACCGUGAUUGUCGAUGAUUUUGGGGGACCUCGACCAGCUCACCAGAACGCGCAUAAUCGGGUUGCAAGUGUGGAUGAUUCAUCUCAUGUCGAUAGGGCCCAGCCUGAACGAUAUCGAAGACGAAGCUUGGGCAACAUGGAUGCUACAGCGUGCCCAAACGUAUCGCUAGAUUUCCCGACUUCAUCUUCCGCUCAAUCUCCAUCGGGAUCCUACGAUUUCAUCACAUUUGAUGCGAAUCAGCGACCUGCUUCCGCUCACUCUCAGCGGGACAGCGUGGGUAGCGUUCACUCGACUCUUUCGUCGGCUUCCUCGGCACGAGAAGGGACGCCAUCGGACUCCAACUCCGUCACUAGCAAGACCGGCAAGGCAGACGAAAAACGUACGAGCAAGCCAUCGCCAUUAUCGCAUCCAGUAUCGACAGGACCAGAAGCCCCCAAGCCCAACCCUCCAGCGGAAACCCAGAAGAAACCAACACCGCCUACAUUGGAUUCCCCCGCUGCAAAGCGUCUGAACGAUUUGAAACAUGACACAAAGCGCCCCGGGAAAUCUCGCCUUAGACGAGCUUUCUCAUUCGGCAGUGCCUCCGAGCUCCUGAAGACGUCUGCACAAAGCAACGCCACCAAGCGGGAAGCAUUUGCCGUGGAACAGGCGCGUCGGGAUGCACUGAGGGAACAACUGGGCCCAGAACAGGCGGCCAUUGCCGAACAGCAGGAACUAAGCGGACUAGGUGAAAGCAUAUACUCUCAUCAAGGUCACUUCUUCUCCGGGUCCACCGAUAACCUGUCAGUAUCAUCGACCGCUUCAUCGGCGUCGAUGAUGCUUCGCAAGAUGGGCAAAGGUAUGAAACGCUCCACUCGUUCCUUGGUUGGAAUGUUCCGUCCCAAAUCGGUGGCCAGCAUCAAUUCUAUAGAGGGAACGGGCCACGAAGUAUCGCCCCCACAAAUCACCGUGGUGAACGUGGAGGCGGAACGAAAGAAUGUUGCUGUCAACCCCGACCCUGCAGAUUUGCCACGUGGGGCUACCGUCUUUCCCAAAGUUGAGAGCAAUGCAUCGGAGAUGAGACGAUCCGCUUCCAUUCGCGAGAGAGCUGCAGCGGAGAACUCUCAGGCGCGUAAGACCCUCAUGGGAGGAGAACGAGAACGGGCGGAGAUCCUCGCGGCCGUCCGGAAGGGUAUCUUGAAGAAAACCCACUUGGAAUCAGGCGUUUCCUCGCCUACACAGGGACUGGCCGGUGGUGACUCGCCACACUCCAGUGCUCCUCCGACACCCGACGAGUCGUCUCGUUCCCCAGCCCAACAAAACGAUCCAGUGAAGAUUGCUGGCGAGGAUUACUUUCUCACAAACGCAGGGCGCUUCUCGUCUUCUGAAACGAAAAGUGCACCCAUUACCCCUUCAGCUGUUGGUGGUAGAAACAUCGUCUUCAGUCCUCGAAUCCAAUUCCAUGAAACAUGGCCUAGUGGCGAGUACGAUCGACGUGGAGAGGUUGCGACUUGCAACCGUCUCACCCCGCUGCUUGCCCAGCAGAUUCGGGAAGAGAUAAACAACUUUAAGAUGGCAAGAGAUGGAAGUCCAUGA